UCAUCUUGAAGUAAUUCGCAAGUGUUGUCGGCUGCGUGUAUAGCUUGUUGUCGUGCUGGGCGGUGUUCUUCGACAAAACUUGCGCUGUUCCGCAAGGCCUUUUCACUUCUUGAUUGACGUCUACUGCGGGAAACAGAGAGAGAGGCGAAGCAGACGAGAAUUUUGCUGCGGAAAUCACAGGACAGAUUUACCGAGGAUCAGAUUCUUCACAGCAUCGAUAUAUCUCCACUGGUUUUUUUCUGUUAUAUUUGUUUCUUCUUCCCUUUUUCACACUUUAAUGCUGUGAUUGUGAAUUACAUCAUCAAUGACAUUCAGUCUUUAAAAAGGAUUAUUUUACACUGUUUAUGUUGCCGAAUAUGACAAUGUUGACAACAAAUGGAUCACAAUAUUUACACCCGGAUUAUCUUCAGCCCCUGCCAACAACACUGGAUGCCAAGAAAAGUCCACUGGCUCUACUAGCUCAGACGUGUAGCAGCAUUGGAAAAGACACUACUCCGGCGAAGCCAAUUAUACCUCCUUUGGAGAAGAAGGAAAGGGAGAAAACUCCAGACAAACCAGGAAGCAAUGACAAUGGUAAACGUCCAUCGUCGAUCGUCAAGAAAGAAACCGGAAGAGAAUCGAGAUCGGGAUCCAGAACAGUGCCUUCCAUGCCAGCAAAGGACAUCCCUCCUCUUGUGCCAAUAACAAAUUCUUCCUGCGAGAACAAUGACGUUAAGCAGUCGUCGGACAAUUUCAAACCCAACUCUAGCAGUUCUCCUGUUAAUAAUGACAGUAGCCAGAGGCCAAUAUCGGCGAACAGUUUUCAUUCUGUUGGAAAAAGUCUGAAGGAGAGUGACUAUCAUGGAUCUCCGACUGAAUCACGUUCCGUCUCUCCUCACCCUAAGAACAACAUACACCAACAUCCGUCGUUUUCCUUCGGAGGACUGAGGACUCCCUCUGUGCUCGGACACUCCUCUCUGAUGGGCGGACUGCCACCGUCAGCCCAUCUCGGGUAUCCUCAUCUCUCUCUAGUGAACCCGUACGAUAUUCCAGUCUCCGCUUCAGGGUACCCGGCUCAUCUAGCUGCACAGGCUAACUUCUCAGCAGCAGCUGCCGCAGCAGCAGCCGCGGCAGCACAGAAUUCUGCCGUGCUGAAGGCGAAUUUCGCGGCGAAUUCCGCAGCAGGUCUGUCUCCCUACAUCGCGUACACGCGCGUGAGAACUCCGUCAGGGGCGACAACCCUCGUCCCCGUGUGCAAGGAUCCGUACUGUUCCAACUGCCAGCUGACAUUACAGAACGCCCACGUGUCGGCGUCGUGUGCGUUGCCAGGGUGUGCUCAGUGUGCCCACGAAAAGUCCCUCGUGAGCCUCACGACCGGCCUCGGCUAUCCAGGAUCGUCUCUGUCUCUCUUAUCGCCAUUCUCAGUCGCCGGGGCCUACCCGGGAGCUGCAGCAGCAGCCGCCGCCAGCAGCGUGUUACCCUCGCUGUACCACCCGAGCGCUAUGGCGCCGUUUAUAUGUAACUGGGUUUGUGGCAGUGACUACUGCGGGAAGAGAUUCACAACCUCCGAGGAACUGUUGCACCAUCUGAAAAGCCACACUUCCAGCAUGGACGCUUUACCGGCCAACCUGGCCACCAGUUACGGGUUCGGUCUUCCACCCCAUCUCUCUGUGACUCAUGGACUCUACCCUCACGCGGCCCCGCCGCAACUGAGUCCCAACUCGUUACGACGGUCGUACCCUACUAGUCUUAGUCCCGUGAGCAGUCUGUUGGCGGCCAGCAGGUUUCAUCCAUACAAGGCGCCACUGAGUGGCGGCCCGGCCGCAGGAACUCAACCAUACCAGUCCAUGCCGUCAUACUAUUCUCCAUACGGAUUAUACGGACAAAGAAUUGGUGCUGCAGCGGUUCCUUGAAAUAAAUAAAAACAUUUUAAAAAUAUAAUAUUUUAUAUUGAAAUUGAUUAUGGUGGCAUCAUAUAUUACAUGACAUCAAGAACGGAACAUAUGAUUUUUAAUAUAUAUUUUUUUGAACAAAUAGUUUUUAAAACACCUCUAAAUAUUUAAAAUAUUUCAUACAAUAUUCUCAAAAUAUCAAAAUAUUCAAUUUUGUGACCUUUUAGAGUAUAUCUACCAAAAAUAACAGUUAAAAAGUCGAAACAAAUAUACACGUUAGGCUUUCUUUUCUUACGAAAGUAUGUUAAUAUUCAAACUGAAACAACACAAUCAUGAACAUAUCUAAACACUUUCUUGAACACUUUAUUUUAAACGUUGCAACUUUUUGUUUUAUUUAAGACUUAUUUAAUUGUUUGAUAGCUUUGCCAACACUAAUAAAAAAUCUUCAAAACCGUUAAAAAGUCGAAUAUAUGUACAAGAGUCGAUAAAAUUCAAAUGAUGACUCGUCAAACAUGUACCGUUUUUCUUGUCAUGUAAUAUAGUAUAGUAUAUCAUGGCGUUUCUGUGAUGGGGGGAAAAUGGAAAUGUGUUUCAUUUAUCUUAAAAUGGCUUAAUCAGUUUGAGCAUAUACAUUUAAAUUUUACAGGAUGAGUUUCUUUUAUUUUUGAUUAUAAAUUUAAGUUAACAGUUGAUUUUUAAAAUAUUUAUUUAUCAGACAUUAUACAAAAAUGUCAAAAUGUCGUAAACCUAAUAUUUUCACUCGAGUUUUAAACUCUAAACAAAAAAAUAAAGAAAAUAACAAUUUCAAAAGAAAAAAAAUCUGGCACAAUGGUGUUUGUUUCUCUAAUAAUGUAUUUUAUAAUUAAGAAAUUUUAAUUUAGAAUGAUUACCAUAAUACAUUUUGUAAAAAAACGAGUUGUUGGCAAAUGAAAUAUUUAUUUUGUUUAUUGUGGCGUGUUUCAAAUAUUGUUUAUUGAUUUGUCUUCUGUUAAAAAAUCCCAAAACCAACCCGAUGGGCUACAUGCCUAAAAUGAAUCAAAUAGAUUAUUGUAUGUAUUUGAUAAAAUUAUUGUUUUGUUUUGUUAAAAGUGCAGAAAGGUGCUCUUAUAUAUUUGAUUUUAUUCUUUUGUAUAUUUCUGAACAUGUAUGAUAUAAUUAUUACUAUUAUAAGAUUUUAUAUGUGCAUUAAAUGCAUUCAAUUUUA